AUGGAUGUGCCUGAAAAUAGGAGAUGGAUGGAUUAUAGAUUGGAUUGUGAUAGGCAUGUGACUGCAGAAUUCAUUAUAAGAAUUAAUGAUUUUAUUAAGUAUGCUUGUGAACAAGAUCAAUUUGUUGCCGGAGGUCAGAAAAUCAGGUGCCCUUGUAAGAAAUGCAAGUGCAUGAGAUUUCAAGAAACAGACUUGGUGAAAGUCCAUCUAUGUAUGAAAGGUUUCAUGACUAAUUAUUACCAUUGGACAAAUCAUGGAGAACCUAUUCCUCAAAUGCCCCUAAUGGUUGAUGAUCACUCUUACUACGGUAAUAGUGGGCCAAGGGAAAUGUAUAAUACUUAUGAGCAGUUGGUGAUGGAUGCUGCUGGACCAGUAGUUGGUAACUAUCUUGAGCAAGAGGACAUGAUGACCGAAGAUCCUAACCCUGAAGCAUCUCAAUUCUUUAAUUUGCUGAACGCCGCAAAUUCUUCUCUGUGGGAUGGUUGUGAUAAAUAUUCUAUGCUGUCAGCUUCUCUAAAAGCCCUAAGUUUGAAGGCAGACUAUGGUUUAUCUGAGGGGUGCUUUAAUGAAUGGGUGCAAUUUAUGGGUGAUGCAAUGCCCGAUGGUAAUUGUAUGCCUAAAAAUUUAUACCAUGCGAAGAAAUCAGCUGCUGAACUAGGGCGAGCAUGUGUGAAAAUUGAAUGUUGUCCGGGGGGUUGUAUGUUGUAUUAUAAAGAAGAUGAGAUGCUGCAAAGUUGUAAGUUUUGUAAGGAGAAGCGAUAUAAAGAGGUAAAGAAACAAGGUAAGGUAAAGUUGGUGCCGCUGAAAAAUAUGUGGUACUUCCCGCUUGUUCCAAGGCUACAACGAUUGUAUUCUUCAACACAAACAGCUAGUCAAAUGAGAUGGCGUCAUGAGCAUCACAGGGAGCCAGAUAUCUUGUCUCAUCCAUCAGAUGCAGAAGCUUGGAUUCACUUUGAUAAAGUCAAGGAGAACCUUUCUUUUGCUAAGGAACCCCGAAACGUAAGAUUAGGCUUAUGUUCUAAUGGCUUUACUCCAUUUGACAUAUCGAGAAAGAAAUAUUCUUCUUGGCCUGUGAUUAUUACUCCAUAUAAUUUGCCAUCAUGGAUGUGUAUGAAAAGAGAGUUCAUGUUCCUAACCAUUAUAAUUCAUGGGCCUUCUGCUCCAAAAAAAAGUAUUGAUGUGUAUUUGCGCCCCCUUAUAGAUGAACUGAAAAUGUUGUGGGAGGAUGGAGUUAUGACUUAUGAUGUCUCCUUGAAGCAAAACUUUUUUAUGAAGGCGGUUGUGAUGUGGACAAUCAAUGACUUUCCUGCGUAUGGUAUGUUAAGUGGUUGGAUGACAAUGGGAAAACUUGCUUGCCCGAUUUGUAUGGAGCGCUCUAAGGCAUUUUCUCUUGCAUAUAGUCGGAAGGUCUCUUGGUUUGACUGUCAUUGCCAAUUUUUACCAGAAGAUCAUGAAUAUAGGUCAUGUAAGAAGAAAUUUACAAAAGGUAAAGGUGAGACCUCAACUACUCCACGAAGGUUGACGGGUGAAGAAGUGUGGGAAAGAGUUAGACAUUUACUGAGUGUGGAGGAAUCAAAGGAAGAUCAUUCACAAGGAUAUGGGGUAGAGCAUCAUUGGACUAAACGAAGUAUAUUUUGGGAAUUGCCAUAUUGGAAAACUCUUAUACUCCCACAUAAUAUUGAUGUAAUGCACACUGAACGAAAUGUAUUUCUCAAUAUUUUGUACACUGUAAUGGACACCAAAGGGAAAACAAAGGAUACCUUCAAGUCUAGGAAGGACUUGGAAGAAUAUUGUAUGCGUGGAGGUUUAGAAGUACAACAAACUGAGAAUGGCAACUUUUUGAAACCAAAGGCACAAUAUGCAUUAACCAAACAGCAAAGACUAAGUGUUUGUGAAUGGGUUUCAGAUCUUAAGCUUCCAUAUGGUUAUGUUUCCAAUUUGGCCAGAUGUGUUGAUAGGAGUGAAGCAAAGUUGUCUGGCAUGAAGAGUCACGAUUGCCAUGUAUUCAUGCAGCGGUUGCUUCCAAUAGCAUUCAAAGCUUUACCGAAGCCUAUUUGGAACACACUUACUGAAUUUUCCCAAUUUUGGAGAGAAAAUUACUUCAUCAUUGUUGAUGGAAAGUAA